AACGACCAAGAGAAAACAGACGUUCUACGACGGAUCCUCGGAGGCCCACGUGGGCAUCAGUCACGUCCCCAUGAACGAACCGUUCUGUCCGCGGCUCCGACAGCUGAUUGGCUCCUGCGUCUCCUCCUUGGGCUACUCCUUCCAUGACCGAGGGACCAUGGUCACCAUCGAAGGUCCCAGAUUUUCCACGCGGGCCGAGAGUCGCUUGUGGCGCCAGUGGAAGGCAGACGUCGUCAACAUGAGUACCGUACCCGAGGUGGUACUGGCCAAAGAAGCAGGCCUGCUGUACGCCUCCAUGGCACUUGUGACUGACUACGACAGCUGGCGAGAGGACCACGAGGCUGUGCACGUGGAACUGGCUAUGAAGACGUUCAAAGAGAACGCGGAGAAGGCGUGUAGCGUGUUGCUCAAGGCCAUACCUCAGAUAGCACAGGAGGACUGGCAGGCGGACAUACAGAAAAACACGGACAUUGCGGCCAGCUCAAUCAUGAAAUAGUUUCUUCACUGCGGGAUUGGAGACGUGUUGGAUUUUAUUACUCAGAUGUUUAUGUGGUGCCUGGACUUAAUAAUUUUCAUGAAAUAAACAGAAGAAAAUAAAAA